CUUUCCUAACUUAAACAGUUGUGCUCUUAUCCGAGUCCAGAAGGUGAGUGAGAGAUUGAGAGAAGAGAGCACCAUGCCAAAGAACAAGUGUCUUAGAGAAGCAGUUACAGAAUGGACACGUGGAAGCGGUGGCACAAACAUCUUCCAUUUUUCAGUGGCUAUCAUAACCGUAAUUUUCUGCAAUGUUCUUCUUGUUUCAGCUGUCGCCCUUCCUCAACCUUCAAAACCCUCUUUCUCUUCGCUAUCGCACUCACCAACUUUUUAUUCCAACACAAACCUAACAAACAUGGAAAGUAAAAGGGAAAUUCAACUAUCACUGAAGAAAUGUAAUGUUUCCUGCCUAAGAUGUUCCCUAGAACUACUUGAUGCCAACUUCUUUGAGGAUAAACAGAUUGAGGAGAUUGCUGAGGGUGCAAGCGAGUUCAAUAUUCCAAUUAUAAAAGCCAAUCGAAAACUUGUAGCUUCUGAAAAUGGGGGGUUGCACUAUCCUUCUCCUUUAGUUUUCAAUGCUGAUUGGGACUAUCAACCAGUUAAUCGUGAAAACGAAAGGUUCAAGUAUCCUUCCAUUUCUGGGAUACAGAGACCUAAAUCUGAAGAAGAUAUUGCCUUUAUGAGUGUUCUUGAGUUAGGUGAACUCAUCAAAACAAAACAAAUUACUUCUCAGGAGCUCACGCAAAUCUUCUUGCGGCGAUUAAAAAAGUACAAUUCUACUCUUGAAGCCGUAGUGACUUAUACUGAAGAGUGGGCACAGGAACAAGCGAAAGAAGCAGAUGUGUUGCUUAGCCAAGGAGUCUAUCUUGGACAUCUUCAUGGAAUUCCAUAUGGAUUGAAGGACAUAAUAUCAGUGCCCAAAUACAAAACGACCUGGGGGUCAACAUCAUUCAAAAGUCAAGUAAUUGACAGAGAAGCUUGGGUUUAUAAAAGGUUGAAGUCUGCGGGGGCUGUUCUUGUUGCGAAGCUUGUUUCUGGAUCAUUAGCAUAUGAUGAUAUCUGGUUUGGUGGCAGAACUAGGAACCCGUGGAAUAUUGAGGAAUUUUCUACUGGGUCAUCUGCUGGACCUGCAGCUAGCACCUCCGCAGGUAUGGUUCCAUUUGCAUUUGGUUCAGAAACAGCAGGAUCCAUAACUUAUCCUGCAGCUCGAUGUGGAGUGACAGCAUUGCGGCCAACUUUUGGUACUAUUGGUCGAACUGGUGUAAUGAGCAUAUCAGAAAGCUUGGAUAAGCUUGGCCCUUUCUGUAGAUCUGCUACCGAUUGUGCUGUUGUUCUGGAUAUUGUCCGGGGAAGAGAUCCUAAUGAUCUCUCAUCAAAACACAGCUCUCUUGAUGAUCCAUUCCGGGUUGAUAUUACAAAAUUGACUGUUGGAUAUCUUGAUGAUGCUGAAAUGGAGGUUGUUCAUGUUCUUGCAUCUGAGGGAGUCAAGAUGGUCCCUUUCAAGCUGAAUUACACAGUUGAUUCUGUUCAAGGUAUCUUAAAUUUCACAAUGGAUGUUGAUAUGCUGGCUCACUUUGAUCGGUGGCAACGCUCAGGUGAAGAUAAUGUGUACGAAGCCCAAGAUCAGUGGCCCACUGAACUACGCCGUGCUCGCAUAAUUCCAGCAGUUGACUAUAUACAGGCACAAAGAGCACGGGGAAGGCUAAUAAAAGAAAUUAGAGAGUCCUUCACCGUAGAUGCAUUCAUUGGCAAUGCAACUGACUGGGAGAAAGUUUGCCUAGGAAAUCUUGUUGGUUUACCAGUGAUAGUGGUGCCAACGGGAUUUAAGAAUAUCUCUGAUCCACCACCCGGUGGCAGUAGAAGAAGAACUACAAUCACUACCGGCAUUUAUGCUCCACCUAACCGUGAUCACAUUGCUCUGGCUUUGGCAAUGGCUUACCAAGCAGUCAGCAAUCACCAUAAACAGCGUCCACCUAUCGAUGAUCUUGGUCCAAAUGAUAAGAUUCCUGAUUCAGUUACUGUUACUUACCCUCCCAGGGUUUUGGGUCUCUGAGCAACUGGUUAGAACGAUUUUGUUGUAUAUGCAUAUGAUGGAAGAUCCACCGCAAUCAGAUCCACGA